GGAUCCGAUUCGUGGAUAGCCCCACACCCUCACCCUCGCCCUCACACGAAGGCUAUCUUCACUGGCCUCGAGCACAAAAUGCAUUGGCCGAGCGGAUGAGAGGAAGAUGGCUGCCACCAGCCUCAGCUCGUCCCCGUCCAGGGUUACUGCAAACCUAGGAGGAGUCCCCAGAUCUUCCUCGUCAUACACCCAGCUCACCUUCUGCUCGAGGCAUCCCUUCCAGAAGGCGGCGGCUGCUGCAGCAGCCUUCCAGAAGCUUCCACCCGAGCUUCUCCUGCUGUCGCGGGCAAGGAAUAAGCAUGCAAGAACCACCUGCCCUGCCACGGACAACGACCAAGCGGCGCCGGCCGCGGCGCAAGAAACAGCCACCACCACCCCUCCUCCGGCCGCGCCCAGGCCCAGCGCAGAGAAUACGCCGGUGACGCCCGGCAACGGCCAGCCGCAGCAGUCGGGCGCCAACGGCAUACUGCCGAACGAGCCACCGAAGCGGGCGCCGCUGACGGCGCGGGAGCGGCUGCGCGCGGCGCGGGUGCUGGGCAAGUACGCGGAGCCGUCGGCGAAGGGGGCGGCGUCGAAGUCGGCCAAGCCGGAGUUCGGGAGCGGGGUGCUGGACGCGCUGCGUGAGGCGGACGCGAAGAAGGCCGGGGCCGGGGGCGGGCGGCGGCGGUCGCGGCUGCCCGAGGCGCCGGGCAACCUGUUCGACGACAGCAAGCGCGGACUGCCCAAGGACGGGUGGACGUUCGAGCUGCCGUUCGGGGUGGACGUGUUCCUCGUCCUCGUAUCCUUCACGCUCAUCACCACAAUCAUGUUCGGCACCGCCUACCUCGUCUGGAAGCUCGGCGCCAUACACUUCAACGAGUACUAGUCUGCCAUGUAGUGUCUAGCUUGCACUCUUGCAGUGCCAGAUGAGAGAAUCGCGUGGUUCUGUACUAUAUUGCCGGGCAUGGUUUGGAGGCAGAUUUUUUAGAGCAUAGAAAUGACGUGAUUGUACGAAUCCGUAGUUAUUGCUUGAAACAUUUUUUUUAUUGUCGCCACAAGCAAGAAUCCACAGAUUUUCUUGUCA